AUGCUCCUGGAAACGAUUCGAUCCUACCCUGAGUGGCUCGCCGUGCUUGCCGCCACCGACUCGGACGCGCUGCCGUCACCGCCGACGUCGUCGCGUAUGGACCCGGAUAUGCUCAACGACUAUUGCAUGGUGCUGGUCGAUGACGCGGCGUCCGUGUCUGCGCGGAUCGACAUGGUGCGCGCGAUUGCGUCGUCCAAGGACAAGGUCGGCGCCGACCACCUGCUCACGGCCUUGGCCUCGCCACGCACCCCGAUGCCGGUGCAAGAUGCCAUCGUCCACGCCGUGCUGGCCGAGUUGCCGUCGCACGUGUCGGUGGUCGCGACGCGUCUGCGACUUCGCAUUGUCCAGACCGUGCUGCUCUACGCGGCGCGCCACGUUCGCCACGGCUGGAUGCAUGUGCUCGAGGCGCUCUUUUACCUCCCGUCGCCGUCGCACCAACUGCAAGUGCUGCUGGCCAUCGUCCAAGAGUCGGUUGUGAUGCCGUACAAUGCGUGGGAAAACCUCAGCCAAGUAGCGUCGAUCGCCACGGUGUGGACACGCCGCCUGCUGCUGCCGAACGACCAGCUCCAACCGCUCGGCAAAGCAACGAUGCAGCUCUGGGCGCUCGUCGCGCCGCAUUUGAACCAAGUGCCGUGGCGGGAUGCGGCCGCGCUGCUGCAUCUCGAGACACCCGAGACGCCCGGCGAGGCGCUCGUGCACCGCCUCUUUGCGCCACUCGCGAUCGCACAAGCAUUGGCGAUCGAAGCUGUGUUUACGUACGCGACUCGUCAGGUCGACGGCGUCGACGUCUCGGUGCUGCAGCGGACGACUGACGUCAUCUUGCACCCGCCGCUGCCCGACGACGACGACAAGACGACGCUCGAGAGUCUCCGCCGCGCGCGGUCACUGAGUAUCGACAUGGCGUGGAGUGCUCGCUUGCAGUGGCGUCUCCUUCGUGGGCUUGUCGAGUGGCUGGAGACGGCGCCGUCGCCGCCGCUGUUGAAGUGGCUGCACACGCUGGCGCGUGACCCGGGGUACAUUGCAACGACGCCGCUCCUCGAACGCCUCCAGUCGGUCGAGUUGCCAAUGCCAUGUGACCUCGCAUCGGCCAUGACGGCGCUCGACACGUCGGUCGACACAAAUCAGCACGUGACUGCGUUUAACGCACUUUGGGACACCCACGUGGCGUCGUCGUCGGUGUUUAACGCGGUAUUGCUCGUGCAAGACGCCGACGUUCGCGCGAGCUUGCAGCAAGGCCACCUCGAUGACGUGGCGGCUGUGUACGAGACGCUUUGGAGUGAUGACGACGCGGUGCUUUUGUACCCGAUCGCGGAUGUUCUCGACCGCCUACGUGCCGAUGUGACGGCGACGACGGAAGCGUUUCUCCAAUCGAGUUUCUGCGGCGCGCGGAGAAUGGCCUGCGCAUGCGUCUGUGCCUGA